CGAAAUUUCAUUUAAAUAAAAAAUGUCUAAAAAGGUAGUCUACGAAAUUCAAAAGAAUACUCAAAACUAGAGAGAAUUAGGUAUUUAGUACUUCUUUUGUUAAGAGUGUAAUUAAUUUCGUCAGAGAAUUAUGUUAUUCUGUUCGAAGUGUGGUAAUCUUAUGAUGAUCGAGGAAGGUCCAGAAGCUAAACUUCGUUACAGCUGUAAUACUUGUCCUUCGAUUUAUAAUAUUACCAAGAAAGUGACGUCCCGCACGUUUCCAAAGCUCAAGGAACUCGACUACAUUAUUGGUGGUGCUGCCGCUUGGGAUAAUGUAGACUCAACUGAUGCAGUCUGCCCUAAAUGUGGUCACGGUAAAGCCUUCUUUAUGCAACUGCAGACCCGCUCUGCAGAUGAGCCCAUGACUACAUUCUACAGAUGCUGUAAUCAUAAAUGUGCUCACAAUUGGCGUGAUUAAUCUGUGGAUUCAGUGUUAAAGACUUUCAUUAUGAACGUAUUAAAAAAUAUAUAUUUUAGUAGUUA